AGAUAUCUGAUGAUGGCUGAAAGUAGCUCAAGUAGCAGUGGCUGGGAGUUUGUAGAUAAAGAAGGAAGAAGUUUGGAGAGUUCUGAUGAUAACCAGAGUGAGACCUCUGAAAGUUCAAUUGAGGUUGUCACUAUGGAUACCAGUGACCCUCAGUCUUUGGAGUCAAUUCAGGAGCCACUUUUACCUUCUCCCACAUCUGGAUCAUACCUUGUUCUAAGGCUAAGGAGUAAAGAAAAAGAUUCUCUGACAGAAUCUGAUGAAUCUGACCACCACCAAGACAGAGAUCAAGGGAAUCUGAAGAGACGUAAGAAGUCAAAAUCUAAAUUUCCCAAGUCACAGGAUCCCUCUUUUUUGUCGUCAGGGUUGUUAACACCUAGUGAGGAGGAAAGGGACUUUGAGACCAUUCCUGAUCCUCAAAAGGAGAAAGCUGAAAAUUGUCCAAACAAAGGAGAAAAGGAGACAGUUGAAGAACUAGCUGAAGAAGAAAUACAGAAUAGCUUGCAGGCAGGAGAAAAUGGUCCCAUGCAGAGUUUCCAGGUUUUGGAGGCUCCAUGCACAGAAGACCAGGAACCACUUAAUCCUCCUCCUUUCAUUGAAAAUGGAGGGGUGGAUCAAGGGUCAAGAGAGGAGGAGGAGGACUUUAUGUUUCUUGGAGUUCCCCAAGAUGACCCAGAUACUGAGUCAUCCCCAGAAAUGGCAGACGAGCAGGAUGAUCGCAUUGAGAGUGACCGGAGUGAUGAUCGUCACAGCGAUGAUUUCUCCACACUGUCCAAUGUUGACAUCAGUGACCUAAUGGCUGAAAACAACCUCAUCAGACAAUAUGUAUUUAGACCUAAUCCAACCGUCAAUGUGACCUUGAACUUAGUGAUGGUUGUGGUGAUUUCUAUUGCUGUUGGUCUAGGCAUUGGUCAUGCUAUUGGAACUGCCAAGGAGAGAUUUGUCAACAUGAACUUAAGAGAAAUGUCUGUCAACAUUGAUGAAGAUGGACACUGCCAAUUUGAUAUGGAGGAUGUGGAAAAGUUAACUGUAGAAAACAUUGCACUGAAGAAAGAGGCAAACAAGGCUCAAAAUGAAGUUGUUGACCUUCGUUCAGAGGUGAUGAAACUGAGGUAUAGUUCUAUUGUGACAUCUGCAGAGGAGGAAAAAAGAACAGCUAACAAGAAAAACUUGGAACUCAAAUUAGAAGUGAACAAGUUGCAGCAUGAAAAUGAAGACUUGAAGAAAUUGGUAGGAAGUUUGAAGUAUGGAUCACACCCAGGGAAUGAAGAAGGUAAACUGUUAGAUGAUGAGCUGCAGAAAAGUGGGUCACUAAUAUCUUCUUGUGCACGUAAACGAGACAAUGAACAUGAUGAAAUGGAAGAAGAAAUGAAUGAUUCUAUCAAUGAAGUCAAAACUGAGGAGAAUAUGGAGAGCCUCUCUGAUGGACAGAGGGAGGGGGAUAAAAAACAUGUUAGCAUCAUUGAUGUCGUACACCCGUUUCCUCAUAAUUUAGAUAUUGAUUACCAUGUUACUGAAUCUUCUGAGAAAAAUGAUAUUGAGGACAAAAUUGAAGAAAGUAACAAUGAAAGGAGCUCAGAGCAAAUUUCCCAAAGUGAGAACAAGAUUGAUAGAAUGCCAGGUGUAUUUCCUUCUGGUGACCACAAGAAUGUUGCAGACCGAUCAGAAGAAUCUGAACAGUUGCAGGGGAGUGAAGUAAACAUUGAAUAUCCAGGAACAAACAUAGAAAAAGGGUUGAAAUUGGAUCGUUUGGAAGGUGAAUGUGAAGGUAUUGGUAAAAUAAAAGACAUUGAAGAGGAAAUGGUAUGGGAAGAUUCAUCUGAAAUAAAAUCUGAGUCAUUGGAGUGUGGAUAUGAAGAUAUUGAAGAGGAUGUGGAGAUUCUGGAUGAAGACUUAGGAGAUGAGGUAGUGGAGGAUGAAGAUGUGUCUAACACAAGCUCAGAAAGUAUCCUGAAUGCAGAGGAGCAACCAAACUCAAGGUCUGGGGGCCAAGGAUCAGAAGAGAAUAAUUUCAAGAAGGAAAACAGUCAGUCCAGUAUGAAGACUGAUUGGAGAGAGAUGAUGCACAAGAUCUUAAACAAAACCAAGGCUUCGGUGUCAGUUGUUUCUCAGCAGAUUCAGGACACAUGGAAACAGGUGAAAAAUAUGUCUGAAGAUCUUUGGAAGAAAAAUGAGCCAGUUCUUACAAAGCUAAAAAGUAAUGUAGUCAUGAAUGUUGAAGAGGCUGCCCAGAAGAUCUCAGCAAAGCUGGAAGGAGCCAGGAACUGGUUAAGACAUCAUAGAGCUUAUCCAAGACACAGACAGAAUGAUGAUUACUACACAGAGAAAAGACACAAACAUAAAAACCACCACUGGAGAAAUCAUAAAGAAGAUAAAUAUCCAAGGCAUAAACAAAAUGAUGACAUGUACCAAGAGAAGAACAAAAAAGAUUCCAAGUUUUUCAAGGCAAGAACUGGAAGAAGAUCAUUCCAAGAAGAAAAAGAUGAUGAUAAGCCAUGGGCCAAACACCAAAGAAAAGCAGAAAGAUUUGAGAGGAAGAGAGACAGAAAAUUCCAAAAAAUCAAAAGAAGAUUUGAAAAGAUGCAUGAAUACCAAUUCUGUAAGAUGAAUAUGAAAAAGAGGCAGAAGUUCUUUAACAUACUGGAGGACUUUGAUGAACGAUUUAGUGCUGAUAAAAUGUACGAUGCAGAUCAUAUGUGGUACAGUUGUCAGUGGGAUUGGUGGUGGAAUGCCAUGUCUUUCCAUCUAAACAACUUUAUGUUGAUGGAUCCAAAUUGCCAGGGAACAUUGUUACCAUGGCAGGAGGGAAUUUUGGUUUCUGGGAGAUGGGAAUGCCCUGGAUUCCCACAAAAUCUAAACAAACAGAAUCAGUUUACAUUCAAGUUCCAUGAUUAUGAAGAUGAUGAUGAUGAUGAUGACGAUGAUGAUGAGAGCAGUGAAAAACACUUCAAUAGCAUGCCUUAUUUUGGUAACUUGGACCUCCAGCAGACAAACAAUGAUACAGAAGAGUUCAGAGGCUGUGAUCCAACCAAAGGACUUUGCGAUUAUAAUAAAAAUGACUCCUGGUACCUGAAGAAAAUGAAGUUUCGUCAAUAUCAGAGAUUUAUAGACACUACAGAGAAAGGUAAAACUGAAUGGAUGUUUGCAAGAGCCAACUACAGGCGACAUGAAAGGGAGAAAACUGACUGCAGUCCUGGUGUUCAUGGGGUGUAUGUGUGUGGGUAAUAUGACACACUGACUCUGGUUUUACUGAUAGAAAACUUGUCUGAUUUUUAGAUUUUCGAUAUUGUCAUUUAUCAUUGGUAACAGAUGUCUGGUACUUCAAAAAUACAGCAUAUUGUUUAAGGUAUUUGUAGUAAAAAAAAAUUCUUAAUUCUUAAGUGAUUGCAAAAAAAAAAAAGAGAAAAACUUUAAUUAUAGACACACUGGAAGUACGGUAAAUUUAGUACUUAAAUAUUAUGUACUCAUUUUAAUUUUAGCUCACCUGAGCUGAAACCUCAAGUGAGCAUUUCUGAUCACUUUUGUCUGGCAUCAGUCUGUUUGUCCAUUUAUCUGUCAUCCAUCUUUCUUUGUUAACUUUUCACAUUUUCAACUUUUUCUCAAGAAUUACUGGGCCAAUAUUUUAACCAAACUUGCCAUAAAGCAUCCUUGGGUGAUGGGAAUUCAAAGUUGUUCAAAUGAAGGGCCACACCCUUUUGAAAGGGAGAUAAUUAAGAAUUAAUGAAACUAAAUGGCAUCUUUUAAAAAUCCUCUUCUCAGGAACAACUAUGCCAGAAAAGAUGAAACUUGUGUGAAAGCUUCAUUACGUAGUGUAGAUUCAAUUUUGUUCAAAUCUUGACCUCUGGGAGUA